UUACCUCUUCCUCGUUAUCAUCGCCACUCUAUUCUUCAAUUCACAUUUUCUUCACUCCACACUCAGAUUCCUUUCUCACUUUUUUUUUUUUCUGUCUGAUGAUAGUGAUGUGUGCAGUGUAGAAGAAAAAAUGAGUACCAAAACAAUGCGUCCUCCCUCUCGCCGUGCACCACUGCCACUGAACGGUGGCGGUAAGCGCAAGGAGAGGCAUCACGGUCACAGUUCCCAAAAACCCAUAUCCUCACCCACAGUUACCAAAUUGCCCAAGCUUGCGGGCUCAGACCCAGUCUCAACCAACGUGCUCAUGGCUGGGUACUUGGCCCAUGAGUUUCUCAGCAAAGGAACUCUGUUGGGUCGUAAGAUGGGCCAAUCGCCAAGCCCGCAAGAGGAAUCGCAGCAGCAGAAAUACGAGAGGUAUGUCGAGCUAACCCUCUUGUUGAAGAAGGAGGGGGCCCACCUCUUUGACAUUGUAAACCCAAACCAAUUGGCCCAAUUCUUAAAGCUAUGAUUAGACAUGUUUUCUUGUUAAUAUUAAUACAUAAGGCCUGGCCAAAGGAAAAAAAAAUGGUUAACAUAGACUUCCUAGGAACUACCAUUAAUGGAAAAAAGUAGUGAGGAAGAUGAACUUGUUGUAGCUUUGUUUUUGCCUAUGACAUGUGGCCAUCCAUAUAUGCAUGCAACCACUUUUAUAUCUAAGAUCAUCAUGAUGGAGAUGAUGUGUGAUGAGUCCAUUCACAUGUCACUUCUGAUACCUUCAUAAUUCCUGGAUCCCCAUUCUUUUUUCUUUUCUCUUUGAUGUUUUUCUAAGAAAUUAAUUUUGCUGUUUUAUCUC